AUGAGUACUGACAGUAUCGAGAAAUUAUACAAAAAUUUCGGCAUCCUAGCAGAUGCUAAAGACAAAUUGGCACAGCAUGAAAAGGAAUAUUUGGAAAUACUUACGGCAGUUAAAGGUUCACCUAAGGAGAAACGAUUGGCAUCGCAAUUUAUUGCAAGAUUUUUCAAACAUUUUCCGAAAUUAGCAGAUCAAGCUAUAGAUGCUCACUUGGACUUAUGUGAAGAUGAAGAUUUAGCUAUUCGUAAACAAGCUAUUAAGGAUCUACCUGCACUUUGUAAAGAUAAUAAAGAACAUACAGCAAGAAUUGCGGACAUCUUAGCACAAUUAUUGCAAGCUCAAGAUCCUACGGAAUUAGCUGUUGUACAUAACAGUAUUAUGUCACUUAUAAAGAGUGAUCCAAAAGGUACAAUAAGUGGAUUUUUCAGUCAAAUUAUUAAUGGUGAUGAUGGAACAAGAGAACGUUGUAUUAAAUUCUUAGCUACUAAACUUAAAGCAAUAGGACAUGAUGUUAUAACAAAGGAACCGGAAGAUUUAUUAAUUUCCGAAUGUAAAAAAGUAUUACAGGAUGUAACUGCUGACGAAUUUCACAGCAUUAUGGAGAUUCUUGCAUGGACUAGAUUAGGAUCUACUGUUACUGGACAACAAGAAUUAGUUUAUAUCACAAUAGAUCAAGCUGAGUUGGGUAUACCUUUUAAACACACUAAUAUCGAACAAUGGAACAGACUAGUCCAAUGUAUUAAACAUGCUCUUCCAUUCUUCAGUUCGCAAAUCGAUUCAUCAAAGUUCGUCUCUUACAUUUGCGUACAAGUUCUACCACAUCUCUCUCUGAUGACUUCUCCCGAUGGUAGAGAUAUUCAGUUGGAACUAUUAAAGUUGCUUGCCGAGUUAACCGUGUUUUGCGGUAUGAUCGACAAACCAGAGGAUAAAGUACAACAACUUUAUAAUACUCUCAUCACCUAUAUGCCACUUCCUCCGGCAGCAGAAAUUACUGAUGUACCAAAGCUACAGUUUAGUCAUGUAGAAUGUUUGAUGUACGCUUUUCAUAAACUAUGCAAACAAACUCCCGAAUUUCUGAUAAAAGAUGCAGAGCAGCUAAAAGAAUUCCGAUUAAGAUUACAAUAUUUUGCAAGAGGUAUACAAGGUUACAUAAAAAAAUUGCGAGAAGCUAUCGGUGGAAAAACCGAGGAGGAAUUGAAAUCAGAUGAAAAUCAACUGAAAGUUGUUGCAUUGAAGACAACCAAUAACAUCAAUACCUUAAUCAAAGAUCUGUUUCAUUCACCUCCUAGCUUUAAAAGUGUUAUACAUCUCUCAUGGAAAACACAUUGCAAUGACAAGAAGAACGAAAAGAAUUCUACCCAGAAAAGGCAUACACCAAUUACAUUUGGAAAUGACAGUAGUACGAAUAAACGUAUUAAAGAAGAUAAAAACAACAAAAGAGAAAUAUAUACGCCUCCUAGUGGAAAAUAUAGUUCAAAUAUAUCAUCAAAUUAUGGACGAGUUAGAUUUAGGGGUAAUAGAUCCGGAGGAAGAGGUGGAUAUAGGUCGAGAGGCCGUGGUACAUGGCGGAAGAACUUUUAUUAACUACAGCACCAAUUUUCAAUUAAUUACUGAAAACAAUUGGAACUGGGCUAACGAUAUAAGCGUUUGUUUUGUAUGCAGAAACAAAGUGCUUUCAAGCAAACACUUAAAAUUCAUGAUUGUAAGUGUAAAAGAUGGAAUUUGUAGUGGCCCAUGUCUUUUUAAUAAGUUCAAGAUGUGUAGCAAGAAACAAAGUCCAAUUUACAAUCAUUUAUUGAUAUGGCAUUAUAUGAAGAACUUGAUUGCAAGAGGCGAUUACUACGCUGGUAUUUUUAUUGUUUCAUUAUUCUAACAUGAAAUGCAAUCCAAAAUCAAAAAUAUAUAUUGGACUUAUAUACAACUAUGAAUUAGAUUUGUGCAAAGGAGAAUAUGAAUGCACAAUUAUAAAAAAAAAUAGUGCUACAGACAUACUAUAACUACCCGAUUUUGUGUGAAGAAUUAAUAAUAACGAUUUUGAUGGAGCUAUUCAUGAGAAGAAUGAAGACAUUUCAAAGUGUGAAAUUUACCAAACUGAUAUUUGAAGAAAUAGAAGUAAACCGAUAAUGACAUCCAUAAGCAAAGAUACCAUAAUGAUGCCAAAUUCAAAUUUGAAACCAUGCAACUGUUUGGAGACAACCAUCAUUGAUACAAUAUUGUGGUUGCAGAAGCUUAUGGAAAAAAUGGACAACUCUUUCCGCGUUGAGAAAUUGAGCAGACAGAAUGCACAAUAAUAUAACCUUAUAUCCAUCUCCUAAAUUGACCUUUCUUCCUAUAUCCAAACUUUUAUAUUCGUUAAUAAUUGUCUGUUAACAGGACCUGACUAUCAGUAGGAAGGAUCUACUGUCAGCUGUGCAUAAAAACAAUUUAAUCGAAGAAACGUCAGAUAAAUUUCUCAUACUUUCUUCUACUCAUACUUUCUCUAAUUUCUUAUAUUGAUGCAAUAUAAGUAGAAUUUCCUUUUGCCAUUUCUGCAAAAGUUGUGAUAGUGAUUUUAUACUCUAUAUUUAUAUAUAUAAAUAGAUAUACAAUGUCUUUCAAAUGAGCUUUAACAAAUCAGAAACCAUAUAUUAAAUUUUUUCAACUGGGAAAAAUAAUAAGUCUAUGUUUCUUCGAUAAAUAAAAUGGAGCAGCUCUUAUUAUCCUUUUUUUUUGCAGAAAAUAUACUAACAAGAGAUUUGGGAAUCAAGGAGCCAACACUAUUAUUUGUAAAUUCAUGUCACUUUUAAUUACAGAGAGCUUCCAUGGAUGAAUUUGGGCCUACGGACAACUUGGAUAAAUUAAUAACUAUUUAUUACAGAUGCUGAUGAGGCAUGUUGCACAUUAUGUUUCUUUUUUGACAUGUAAUAUGUGUAUUUCUCUGGUGAUUGCUGUUUUGCGAGGUGAGUUGAAAAAAAGUGUUCUGCCUUCCUUCCCUUAUCCAUCAUUAUCAUGUAAAAAGAUUGAUGUUAAAUGCAAUUCGUGAAUUUGUUUCUAGUUUCAAUAAAUAACAUUAUUUAACAUUA